CCCUAACAGUCCGCCAGUUGUUGCUUUGCUUGCUGCUGCUCCCGUCCGUCUCCUUCUUCCUUCGGUGGCGGCCUUUCCUUCUCCGCCCUCCUCCCUCACCGGUCUCUCACCCCCACCCCCAUCAAAAGCCCCACCGGAGAUCCGAGCAAAAUACCCACCGAACUGAACUCCCUCUUCACUUCUCCCAUCACCAUCGCCUCCUCCUCUUCAUCUGCCGUCCGAAUUUCAAUUCAACUCAAUAGUCCGUGUCCGUUUGUAGCCUAAUUAGCAAGUUUUGGUGCGACGAAUCGCCGUUCAUGGAGAUUAAAGACAACGCGGGACCUUCAUCCUCUUCUUCAAAUCCUCUUUUGCUUCGCCUCCAGAAUAUCCUCAAGUCCAUUGAGAGCAGGGAUAUCAGUCAAUCCGAGAAAUCGGUGUCAGAGCUUGCUGAAUUUCUUGAUUCUGCAUCUGAGUCAGUUGCUACUUCUUCCAACUCUGUGAAUGAAGAUGUGUGUAAUAAUGCAAUCGAGAUGCUCAUGCACACUCUUGCGUACAUUUGCUCACCAUCAGUGAAAGAGGAAGUUAUUGAUGCACUAUCAUUUAUUUUACCAAAAGAAGUUUGCAAGUUCUCCCGGGCCUCCUCAAUGUUUUCGACCAUUGCUGAAAGCAUUGUUGAACAGCUCGUGUUGACGUGCAAUCCACGGGACAUGCUCACAAUUCUUUGUGAGGCUUUAAAUUCAUCGGGUGAAAAGGUCAACGCCUCUCUCUAUCUUAACCCUCUUCUAGGUGGAAUCUCAAAAGUUUUACUUUCAAUUAAAAGGCGUCAACUCGAGCAAACAAAAGUAGCCAUUCCGGUGAUCCUUCAAGCUUUAAAGCAAGCUUCUCUGGAGUUGGAUGAUGAGGUUGAAAAUCUGGAGAAUUUGUUUGGCAGGGCUAUAGACAUUGCUGACUCUAUACGCACUAUUCAUCAAAAGUUGGUCUGUAUCACUUUUAUGCACUUAACUGCUCCCGUGAUUCUUCAGAAUUAUUCAACAUGCCAUGUUGACCCUAUCCUAAUGUGCUCUUCACAACAGGAGGAUGUGUCUCGUGUAAAGCUGCGGGCUCUCCUUGGUUUGUACAUAUUGCAAAUUAUGGCUUUUGUUUCAUUAAGCAUUGGUGAUAGAUCCCCAAACUGCCUUCCCCUGGUGUCUCAACUCUCAUGCUUCUUCCAUCAUUGUCAACUGUCUUAUGUGAGCUUAUUAUCAGGGUCAGUUAUGGACAACUUGACUGGCUUCAUAGAAGAAGAUGAUGAUGAUGUCCAAUCUUGUUUUUCGAACGUUGAGCUGGGAGCCUCUCUUUCAGUGAUUUGGGGCUAUAUCUCUGAUGACGUUGCACAGUCUGCUAAAGAAGACUUGGGUGCGGUAGAGAACGUACUUCGACAUGACCAGACCAAAAGGUGGCGAGCGAUUGGCAUGUUAAAGCACAUAUUCUCAUCGGCUGAUCUACCUUGGAGGUUAAAGGAACAUGCCAUUGACUUUUUGUUUUGCAUAACAGAAGGAGAUAUCUUGAGAGGGUCUGAUGGUGAACAUCCAGAUUUCUUGUCCUUCCUCCCUAGCCUUUUUGCAGCUUUGCAGGGUAUUCAAAUGGUUAUUAUCUAUUCACCUGAUGCACCAUUAAGGAAGAAAGCAUAUGAUGCAUUGAAAAGAGUGCUUGCUGACAUUCCAACUUCUCAAAGGUUCGAUAUGUUAAAAGCCCUGGUUAUGCAUAGCAACUCUCCCUCCAUGACAGCAAUCCUUCUAGAUUGUGUGAGGGAAGAAAUGCGAAGGGAAGCAAAUCAAAGAGCUAAGAAAGGUCCAUUUUGGAGAAGUAUUCUGGAGUUGGUUGAGUUGGUUUUGAGGCCAUCUAAGGGUGGGCCUCCGGCUCUUCCAGAGGAGACUGACGCGGUUUCAUCUGCCCUUAAUCUCUACAGAUUCGUACUAAUAGCAGAGUCUAGAGGAAACACCAACUACUCCAGAGUGCUUUCAGAGACCAACCUGCGGAAGGCAUACAAAGAGUGGCUUCUGCCUCUGAGAACUCUGGUGACUAGCAUUUUGGCAGAGAACAAGAACGAUUGCGAUCACCUUGUAGGGGACAUGGUAUGCGGCCUCUAUCCAGUGGAAGUUGUCUUGUAUCGUUGCAUCGAACUGGUUGAAGCAAAGCUGAAAUAGUGCCGGCAGUUAUUUUUCUCCUUUCUUGCAAGUCAUGUAACUAAGAUUUCCUAGUGAGAUAAUAGUUCAGUUAUCAUGAUUGGAAUGUCGAAAUUUGAGGCGGUGACACCGGUGUUGGGUUUUUGUUGAUUGGAAAUCUUUAUAUUUGUUGCGGCGUAGAUGUAAGAGAUUCACUUGGUGGUGGUGUAUUGAUACACUCACCUUGGAUGGAUGAUGGAUUUAAAGUUCUUAGUUUGAGUAGAGUGUUUGACAAUGUUCCAUCAUGGUUGCUAGUGGUGAUAUAACCUUAAUGUAAAGGUCAUGGGUAUUAACGAAAUGAAACAGAAUGAUGAAAUCU